GAGAGAGAGUUGAGAAAAGCCAAACAAAGCCUACAUCCUCUCCUCCCUAGUCACCACCUUUAACUCCAUAGCUGAGUUGCUCUCUGUCUCUCUCUCGCUCGCUCGCUCUCGUGUUAAUGGCGGUGAGCAACAACGUGACGUCGGCGGUGAACCUGAUAGCGCUUCUGUGCUCGAUCCCCAUCAUCUCCUCCGGCAUCUGGCUGGCUUCCAAGCCCGACAACGAGUGCAUCCGGUGGCUCCGGUGGCCGGUCCUCUUCUUCGGCAUCGCCGUCGUGCUAGUCUCCCUCGCUGGAUUCGUCGGUGCCCACUGGAACCGCCACGGCCUCCUCUCCCUCUACCUCUUCUUCAUGGCCGCCCUCAUCCUCCUCUCCCUCAUCCUAAUCGUCCUCGCCUUCGUCGUCACCCGCCCCGACGGCUACGUCCCCGCCUCCCCGCCGGUCCGCCCCUUCCCGGAGUACCGCCUCGCCGGCUUCUCCCCCUGGCUACUUGACCACGUCACCAACUCCGACAACUGGCCCAAGAUCAGCGCCUGCCUCGCCCGCUCCGACUCCUGCCCCCGGCUCAACCGCCGGUAUCUCUCCGCCGACCAGUUCUUUACUGCUCGCAUCUCUCCCCUUCAGUCUGGAUGCUGCAAGCCACCGGCUGCCUGCGGCUUCCAAUACGUGAACCCGACGAUGUGGGUCAACCCGGCGAACACGCUGGCCGAGCCGGACUGCGCCAUGUGGAGCAACGACCAGAGCCAGCUGUGCUACAGUUGUGACUCCUGCAAAGCUGGACUGUUGGGCAAUCUGAGGAGGGAAUGGAGGAAGGCUAACAUAAUACUGAUAGUCACAGUUGUGGCCCUCUGCUGCAUGUACCUCGUCGCUUGUAAUGCUUUCAAGAACGCACAGAUAGGAAGGGGGGCCCACAAGUGAGGAAAUAUUGUUGGUGGAGUGGGAAGGAAUCUCCUUUAAUUUAGUUACUGAUUUAAUUUCCAUGGCUUUGUUUGUGCUCGAUGCUUGAGGGGAGAUAUGGUACGUAGGGGUUGAUUUUGUUUUGCCAAACAGACCCCACUUCUCAAACGUGAUGCUUUUGACUUAUUGGACUGCUUUUGUUCCAUUUAUGGUGGGAACUAUAUCUAUCUUUCUUUUUUUAAAUUAUGCUUUAUUCUAUUCCCUUUGCAUCUUUUUGUCUUUUUGUUUUCAAGGUUUUGAACCCUGAAAAUUUAUGUGUAAACUCAUUAGAGAUGUCAUAACAAUUAUUAGCAACUUAUCAAUAAGAGGCUUUUUGGCUUAGCAGUU